CCUCUCUCGCUUCGAAGCAAGCGCGAGCGGGAAUCGUUCUCAGAUGUGCUGCAGCAGCGCGUGCGACAUCCUGGUGUUUGCUGGUCUUGCGAUGCGCGACGUGGAUGAGGGCAUCAGAWAACGGAGUUGAUCGUAUAAAUGUCCACCGUCUCCUUCGGGAUCAUCGCUCUCCGCUGUGACCUUUCAGCUUUGGAUUAGGAAGAAUUUGAUCGGCUUCUCUGUGGGAAAAAAGAGAGUAAGGGAGAGGUGUGUGCAGAGAGUUGUCGCUCGCUCGACAAUUGCAGUGUAAGUGGAGAGCGUCGUUUCAUUUGUCGGUUUGGUUAGUGAAACUUUCGGGUAGUGAAAGUCGAGGGAAACGGCCAGGGAAAUGGCGUCGGAGAAGGCUCGUUCUGGGGCGGGACAGAUCGGCGAGGCCGCUCGGGAGAAGUAUGAGGAACUGAAGGAGACGGCGGCGCAGAAGACGCASKCCGUGAAGGAGAUGGCGGCGCARAAGACGCAGGAGCUGAAGGAGGCGGCAGCGGAGAAGACGGAGGCAGCCAAGCAGACGGCGGCGGAGAAGACACAAGCGGCCAAGGAGAUGGCGGCAGAGAAGUCCCAGGCGGCCAAAGAAGGAACCCAAGAGAGGUACGAGGGAGCGAAGGGGUCGGUGGCUGAAAAUAUUGAGCUGGCCAAGGAGGCGUUGGCGGAGACAAACGCGGAGUACAGKGAGCAGACAGCCAGCGCGAUGCAUGCUGUCCAAGAGUCGGCGAGGUCGGCGAUGGAAAGCGUACAGGAGAAGGCGAAAUCCGCUACGGAGGCCAUCAAGGAGAAGACAGGCKMCGGACAAUCUCAGGAGUGAAAGGCUGCGUACUGGAAUAGAAGUAAGGUGGUAAGCUGGCCUGCUAGCGAAGGAGAAAAGGUAGCCGCUGUGGAGGUAUGUGUGAGAGAUACUCGUGAUAGCGGGGAGCGGCUGCGGCUACUGCCUGAGAAGCACGAGAACAUGUAGAAUUGAGGAGGGGCAUGGGUCCUCGGAGGUGACGGGGAAACGCAGACCACGUUGUACGUGGUUCCUUGGAGUUGACGAGUGAUUCAGACUACGUAUCUGUGGAGGAAAGCGCUMWGAAAUUGCGGGAGAGGGGCAUCAAUUUGACAGUGCAUGCGGAGAGGGGAACGGGAUGUCAGGAAGGUAUGGCCAGYACGUGUAGUGAGCCGCGGCUAUGGAAGUUUGCUGUCCGAGAAAGAGACGAUGUUUUUGGGGGGGAAUUUCAAAUCUGAAGUGGCUGCGGGCCUGCGGCGAAUGUACGAGGAGGUGGAGCCCGGGACAUCACACUGCUAUGAGGAGUGCGUUGGUUGCUCGCUGUCUUCUUCGAGUGACUGUAGCGAAGACAUCGCGGAAUGAUUUAGGAGCAGAUGAACUCGGGGACUGUGGAACUUGAACUCUGGUUGUGGGAGUCUGUUGUUCUCUGACUGCUCAUUUGUAUCGCAAAGCAUUGGCGUCAGUACUCGGCCCAGCAAUCGGCCAUGGAGAAAAAGUAGUAGAAACUUGUCGGAUGAAUCUGGGCGCUCCUGUAGUGACCCUUACGUUUCCGAGGAUCGCAGCUGAUAUCCGGCAUGAUUCAGGAAGUAUUGGUGGUUUAGGAGUAUACUCGGCGGUAUUACUCGCACAAUGUUCUGAACAAUGAUUACAGUUAGGUCAUGAAUGAAGUCGAAGAGGUGUUCACCUGAGGCACGGACAUUAUUGCUGUAUCUAGACUGAAAGAUGCGUUAUAUACAACUGGGAUGCCCGUCCGUUGUAUGCGGGUGAAGAAGGUAGUGCUAUUGCGCCCUAAGAGACGUAUGGGGCAAAAUUUGGUCAUGCCGUUGUCUGUAGCUAUAACUAUAGACAGUUGGUCAUGCCAUUGUCUGUAGCKAACAAUAGACUGCGUGUCACUGGAGUACAAAUGUGCUACGCUAAUGUGUCCGUGAUAAAUUCCGUCAUCGUCAAUGAUUUGCGUAGUGAUGUAUGAGCGGGGCUGCUGGGGAGUCGGUCAGCGGGGUGUCCCGUCCAGGUCGAUGAUGUGUCGGAAAAAUUAAAAAAACGAAAAUGGAAAUGAAAGAGGGCUGGGUAU